GUAGUUUUCCUGUUAUCCGAACGGCGCACUGUUUUAAAUACACACAACAAGCGAGUCAAACAUUUUAUUUUCUUGUAACAUCGUCGUCUCCGAUGCUCAGCUCCGACACGCCCGUCGCCUCCUCCACUUGGCUCGACCGUCUCCGCUUAAGCAAAGGACUCUCCACCACCGAAGACGACGAUGCUUCCGGUACUCCUCUUUCCCUCGACGACUUCCUCCGCCGCAACCACUCCGCCUCCGAUUCUCCUCCGUCUGCUCCGACUCCCUCGGAUCCGGAGCUAACGGAUAGUCCAUCGGAUCCGAAUCGGGGAGAAUGGUACGGCGUGAUGAGCGAUGUACUCUCGGAGCUCUUCAAUUACAGCGGCUCCUCUCGCUCGACGGCGACGGUUCCGGUGAAGAAGCUCCCGAGGAAGCAAUCGAACCCUAAGCAUUGCUCCGUCGGGACUCCUCCUCCUCCUCCUCCCCAACGGCCCAAAUUCGCCACGGAGAAGAGGGAGAAGAAGAGGAGAAGAGUCGUUGAGGAGGAAGACGACGGCAUCGAGGAGGAGGAGGAGGAGGAGGAAGGAGAGAAGGAUCUGGUCGGGUUUUCGAGGAGCGAGGUGACGGUGAUCGACACGAGCUUCAAGAUCUGGAAGGCGGAGAAGGUUGUGUUCCGGAGGAGAAACGUGUGGAAAGUGAGGGACAAGAAGGGUAACUCGCGUGGUGCCGUCUCAUCGAAGAAGAAGAAGAAGAAGAAGACGAUCAAGAUGAAGAAGAAGAAGAAGAAGAGGAAGUGCGAUGUUGACGGUGGUGAAAUUGGUCGGAAAAGCAAGAAGAUGAAGCUUUCAAGAUCAGUUUCAGACAACAGUCCACAUUACUCAAGUGAAGAUCUUCGUGAUGAUCCACAAAGCAGCAAUGCCAACCGAACUCUCUUGCGUAGAUUGCCAUCUAAACCAAGAAGCCUACUACAUACUAGCAAGAAGAACAGCGAACCUGAGGCUCGUGGCCAUAGGUCUUUGGCCUGAUAGAGCCACUAAGCUAAACCUUUGCCUUUAUGUAUAUGAUGAUUCUGUUGUAUGAUUAUUAUGUAACAUUCUUGUUUAUGCUAUUAUCUGAUUUAUUUAAAGAGAAUUAAGAUCGUAUUUCAGAUUCA